AAGAAACAUAAACAAACAUGCAACUUUAGGAAAUGUAAAUUAAAAACACAGAAUUUUAAGUAAUAUUAGAAAUCAAAGCGAGAUUUUUGUUUCAAAUGAAGUGUUUGUUUUACAUUCUCUCUGAAAUUCUUUGUCAAAAUACCUUCAACUUCAGGAGUUAAAGAGAAGUCAGGUCCCAAGUAAUGGCCAAAUCCACCAGGCAGGAUUACAUUUGUUAUCUUUAUGGGAGGAGCUUUCACUUGGCCAAGUGAUCCACCAUCCACAGGAGAGUUGGUAACAGGAAUAAGCUAUAUAAAAAAAUAAAUUAAGAGCAUCUCAUCCCCAAAACUCAGAUCAAUAGGUUUAGUCCUUAUCACAAGCCCCAUUUGACAAUCAAAUUUUUUUUUUUUUAGUCAGGAGUUAUAUGCUUGCCUAAACUCAGAAUUGGUACUAAGUAAAACCUGUAAAAUCAACAGAGCCUUUUGAGAAGUUAACCUCCCUCAGAAUCUUGUUCUGUUUUUUCAGACUGCAUUGUACUCACCACUAGAAUCUAAGGAUUUAGAUUCCAAAAGGAUCUUAACAAGGUGUGGCAGAUGUCUCCAGUGCCAUGGACCACACCUUUUCAACAGCAUCAAAAGAUGAGGAAGGAGCGUGUUACACAUCUCUAAUUUCCGACAUCUGUUACCCACCUUGGGAGGAUUCCACAUACUUCACUGGAAUUCUUCAGAAGGAAAAUGGCCACAUCCCCAUUUCAGAGAGCCCUGAGGAGUUGGGUGCCCCCAGCCCCUCCUUACCCGAUGUGCCUGGGAUAGAGCCUCAUGGCUUAUUGAGUUCUGAUUCUGGAAUAGAGAUGACUCCUGCAGAGUCCACUGAAGUGAACAAGAUCUUAGCAGACCCCCUGGGCCAGAUGAAAGCAGAAGCCUAUAAAUACAUUGACAUCACCAGGCCAGAAGAGGUGAAACAUCAGGAGCAACGUCACCCAGAGUCAGAAAAUAAAGAUUUGGACUUGAAGAAUAAGGACACUGAAAUCUCAACAAAACCUGACAGGGUCCGUGAACCUGACAAACCGGCUCCUGUGGAGGGAAAAAUCAUCAAGGACCAUUUAUUUGAAGAAUCUACCUUUGCUCCUUACAUAGAUGAUCUCUCUGAAGAACAGCACAGCGCUCCCCUGAUCACUGCCCCUGUCAAAAUCACUCUGACGGAGAUAGAACCUUCUGUUGAAACUGCUACCCAGGAGAAGACCCCCGAGAAACAAGACAUCUGUCUGAAGCCAAGUCCUGACACAGUCCCCACCGUUACUGUCUCAGAGCCUGAAGAUGACAGCCCAGGAUCUGUCACCCCUCCAUCUUCUGGAACAGAACCAUCUGCUGCAGAAUCCCAAGGGAAAUGCAGCAUCUCCGAGGAUGAGCUAAUCACCGCCAUUAAAGAAGCAAAGGGCUUAUCCUACGAAACCACCGAGAGCCCGCGGCCAGCGAGCCAGGUGGCCGACAGGCCCGAGGUCAAGGCCAGGUCUGGGCUGCCGACCAUCCCCAGCCCCCUGGACCACGAGGCCAGCAGCGCGGAGUCGGGCGACUCGGAGAUCGAGCUGGUGUCCGAGGACCCGAUGGCCGCCGAGGACGCGCUGCCCCCGGGCUAUGUGACCUUCGGCCACGUGGGCGGCCCGCCGCCCUCGCCGGCCUCGCCGUCCAUCCAGUACAGCAUCCUGCGGGAGGAGCGCGAGGCCGAGCUGGACAGCGAGCUCAUCAUCGAGUCGUGCGACGCCUCCUCGGCCUCGGAGGAGAGCCCCAAGCGGGAGCAGGACUCGCCGCCCAUGAAGCCGGCCGCCCUGGACGCCAUCCGGGAGGAGCCGGGCGCGCGGGCCGAGGAGGGCGCCCAGGGCCCCUUCCCCGCGUACCCGACGGCCGCGCCCCCGGCCGGCCCCGAGCCGCACUCCGGAGACGGGGCCCCGGCGCCCGAAGGGUCCACGCCGCAGCGGAAACCCGCGGGAGCCGCGAGUCCCAACCAAAGCCCCAUGAAGAGUCCUGGGCCUCGAGGUCCUGGCACCGCGCCCCCUCUGCUGUUUUUCAACAAGCAGAAAGCUAUCGACCUGCUGUACUGGCGGGACAUCAAGCAGACGGGCAUCGUGUUUGGGAGCUUCCUGCUGCUGCUCUUCUCCCUGACGCAGUUCAGCGUGGUGAGCGUUGUGGCCUACCUGGCCCUGGCCGCACUCUCAGCCACCAUCAGUUUCCGCAUCUACAAGUCUGUCUUACAAGCUGUGCAGAAAACCGACGAGGGCCACCCUUUCAAGGCCUACUUGGAGCUUGAGAUCACCCUUUCUCAGGAGCAGAUUCAGAAGUACACGGACUGCCUGCAGUUCUACGUGAACAGCACGCUUAAAGAACUGAGGAGGCUCUUCCUUGUCCAGGACCUGGUGGACUCCUUAAAAUUUGCAGUCCUGAUGUGGCUCCUGACGUAUGUGGGCGCCCUCUUCAACGGCCUGACCCUGCUGCUCAUGGCUGUGGUUUCAAUGUUUACUCUACCUGUAGUGUAUGUUAAGCACCAGGCACAGAUUGACCAAUAUCUGGGACUUGUGAGGACUCACAUAAAUGCUGUUGUGGCAAAGAUUCAGGCUAAAAUCCCAGGAGCUAAAAGGCACGCUGAGUAAACUGAUGUCCCACCGGGGACUGGACACAAACAGGAAUGUCUGGAGUGGUAACAGCUCUUCUUACUCAUUACUGCAAAUUGAUUGUUUCCCCCCAGUACCAUAAUCUUAGAGACAAACUUUCAAACAGCUGUUUUUAGGCUGUUCCUGUACUCUUAGGAUAUUUGAGUCACUUGUGUCAAGCACUAAAGUAUAGAGAAAAGUGUAUUAGAUGUGGUUUUUAAUUUUGUGUUGCUAAAAAAAGUGCAUGAUGGUGAGAGCCCAAGUUAUCUUUCCUUCUUCAGUGUUCUUCUCCUCUCUGCAAUGCUUCUGUAGCUUCUAACGUCCCUUGUGGCUAGGCUUUUCCUGCCGAGUGCACUGAUGCAAUAGUGGAAAUUGCUUAUAUGUCCUUGGGUUGCUGGUUGGAUUAAUCUUUAAUAACAAUAUAUAGAAUUGUAGACUGAUGUUUUAGCAUUUUUCCAACACACACAACGUAAAAAUAAAAACAGUCGACCGUACUUAUGGUAAUCAGUUUUGUAUAACUUAAAAUAAUUAAAUAAAUGAAUAAACCCAAAACAAACAUGCAGUACUUUUGUUGUAUGGGAUUGGUGGGCUGAUUUACAUGUAUGGUAACUAAAAAGUGCCAGCAUGUUAACUUUAUUACGAUUUGUAUUCCUUUCUCUGUAGUUCCUAACGGACUCAGUUAUGGACUCUGGAUAUUUGCACUUAUGUACUUGAUACUGAAUGCAUAAAUAAAUGUUACUAAAUGUA